AUGACUGUGGAGCUGGACUACCUACCUAUGCAGUGCAUCCGCCACACGGUGAAGAUCCCGUGGUUUUUACCGGGCCUAGGCGGCCUCGGUGGAACGGUUGUGCGUGGGCAUCGAUACUUCCACCAUUAA